AUGAAAUUGUCUUGCUUGUUCGCGCUCAUGGCUCCUCUCCUUUGUGCUUCCCAAGGUACCACCUGUGCGUGUGAGGCCAAAGAACUUGAGUUCAGCAUUGACUGCGCCAACGAAGCCCUGUUGUUGGAGACGUUGGCAGCCCUCAUUGUCGACGAUUGCUCGACGGAUUGCUCUUCCGCCGCCUGUUACAAGAACUUUUUGAUCGUGCAAUCUCAUCAUGACUUUUGUCUUCACGACGACGUUCCACCUCCCGUUGAAGAUGCAUUCCACGACUUUGAGGAAGUUUGCGAACAUUGUUCGAUUACUCGCAAGCGCGACCCCAAUCUAUCCAACUGCCCGGUUGCCGCCUGUGACACCCGUGGCGAUGUGGCCUACCAAGCCCUUCUCACGGAAGGUUGCGUCAGUGCUUGCAGCUCAUCUACGUGUGCUAGCAACUACCAAAUCCUUCGUUCCGAACACGACAACUGCGACGAAGGUACCGUUAGCGAAUCGGCGGAGACGGGCAUUCACGAUUUGGAAGAAAUUUGCGAGGCCUUCAACU